CUGAAUUUACAUCGUCAUUUGGUGUACCCCGAGUCGGCGAUUUGCUUCAAUGUCGGACGCAGUGUUCUUUGUUUUCAUUCUUAGUGUAACCGCUUUUCUAUCGGUUCUGUACCGAGCAACUCUUGACAAGCAACCAGGAGGAUACAGCCAACAGAGGAACAUGUAAGGUGCUAAAGUUGACACUUCAUGUACAGAUUACCAGUAAAGAUACAUGUCAAUCAUCAUAAAAGGAACAUCACAUGAUUAAAAAAGACGUAUGAGCGACAAGACAUUGCUUUGAUUCAAAUUUUCAUAGUUACUUACAUUUAAUUGCUACAAAGUAGCACAAUCUUCAGUUUAUAAAGCCAUAAUCUACAUCUUUCAGUCUGAGUAAUUGCAUCACCUUAUUCCCAGGAGAGUUGCGGAUGUUGCUUUCAAAGGAAACUUUGUAAGAAUUGGAAAGGUCGAGGAAAGUAUGAGUAUAUUGAUAAAUCAUGUCAACUGAUGUUCUGUAUGUACAAUUCAAUGGCCACAGAGUGACAUUGAAAUCACUCCUUGCCGAUAUAAAACCUGCUUUAUAUACAAUGAAGGAAGGAAGAGAUUUAAUGAAAUGUGCAGCAAGUGCGCAUGAUGAAGCUGACUGUCAAGGACCAGUAUCUGCACAUGAUGGUGAACCUAUGACUCUUCCUGACGGAAGGAUAAACAGAGACAAGAUUGAAGCAAGAGUCUCUGGUAGUGGAAUGCAUAAUGAGCUCAACAGGCUGGAAACGUUUAAAGACUGGCCGGGGGACUGUCCAAUGAAUUCUUCACGUCUUGCAAGGGCUGGGUUUUACUUCACUGGUGUCAGGGAUGCAGUAAAAUGCUUUUCAUGUGGAGGGGUGGUAGAAGGUUGGGAAUUUGGGGAUACUGCAAUGGGAGAACACAAAAGACUUUUCAAAACAUGUGCUUUUGCAAAUGAAAGGAUUACUCUGAAUGUACCACUAUUGGAGAUGAACGAGAGACCAGAGGUUGCACAGAAAAUUAGUAGUAAAAUUGAGCAGUCACAGAGAGAUAUUGAGAGACGAGCGAAAGAAAAAGAAGCAAUGAUAGAGAGGGUUGAGCCUAGUGAACCCAAAAGAGAUCUUGUAAGGUCUUCUGCAACCAGCAGUAGUUCUGCAGCAAAAGAUGAGAAAAUGGAAGAGGAAGAGGAAGGACCAAGUAUGUUUGGGAAAUACAAUCAGGAGCAUGUGCGUUUGCAGUCAUUCAAGAAUUGGCCAAGGACAAGUCCCAUUGAGCCCCGUGAUUUAGCAAAGGCUGGAUUCUACUAUCAAAAUAACGAUGACUCUGUUCAAUGCUUUGCAUGUUUUGGACAAAUCAGUAGAUGGAAACCAUGUGAUGUACCAGCAGUGGAACAUAAAGCACAUUUCCCGAGCUGCCCCUAUGUGCAAGGUCUUGAUGUAGGUAAUUUGCCAAUUUCAACUCCUCCGGUGAUGCACGUUGGUAUGCCAGCGCCGAUACGGAGCUACUCAACACCUAUGCCAACUCAAGACCAGCUAAGAGCAGGACAAUUUCUCCAGCAGCAGAGAACCCUUAGGGCACAGAUGGGACCCUUAAAUAAUUGCAAACACCCUAAUUUUGUGCAGGAAAAUGCAAGACUAGGAACAUUUAGGAACUGGCCGGCCAACCCAGGACUUCACGUGAUUCCACGAAUUCUUGCCAAGGCUGGGUUUUACUUCACAGGAUUAGUUGAUGAAUGCAAGUGUUUCUACUGUGACGGAGGUCUGAAGAACUGGGAGCCGACAGAUGAACCGUGGACAGAACAUGCCAAGUGGUUCCCAAGAUGCGAAUGGCUGAUCCAGCAAAGAGGGCAGGCUUUCAUCGCUCAUGUUCAGCAGGUCAACCCUCCACCCAUCGGCACACCGGCAGGCACUAAAACUACAACUCAGGGCAAGAAUGAGCAGGAUUUUGCAGGGACAGGUCUCCAUAAUUACGUUGAGCCUCUACACUUCACAGCCCCAACCUUUAGUGGAACAGAAGAGCCGUACUCCCAUGUUGAGCCACCUUUCAGAUUUCAGGCUUCCUACGAGGAGAGACCUCGUCAAGCUUCGUCCAAACCAUCACCGCCUCUAACCAAGUCAAAAAAGGAGAUGACGAUUGAGGAAGAGAAAACUGCUGCACUUCGAGAGUACGAAUCCAAACACAAGGAACCGGAAGCAGCGGCGGCAAUAAACUUCAAACCGAAGCCGAAAAAAAUUGAGACAACGGAGCCAUCUGCUUUGAAAUCAAAGCUGGUUGAUGAGCCGAGCAAUGCCACUUCUCACAUUGAUGUCUUCAUGCAGAGCUCAACGGCUGAGAUGGCAGUUGAAAUGGGAUACCACACUGAUCUCAUCCGUUACGUUGUAACGCAGCACUUCAAGAAGACAGGCCGACAGUUCUCCCACCCUGAUGAGCUCCUAGAAUCAAUCUGGGAAGCUCAAGGUCAGGGCAUUGACCCGACUCCAAGUGUAGGCAAGGCUUCAGGAGGCCAUGAUGUGGACUACCUUAGGAAACUACCUAAGAAACUGGAGUCUGAAAGCGCCUCAGCAACGGCAUCAAGUUUUGUAGAUAUUCAGGCAGAGAAACUGGCGGGUCUUAGCAUCCAUGAUGAGCCCAGGUCAAGAAUGAAUUCAUCUCCCAGAACUGUAGCUCCAGUCACUCCUAUUGGGAGCCUUAAACCUCAAACAUCGGUAUCCAGUUCAAGUUCUGAUCCGAGCUACCUGGACAAGCAGCUGUGUAAGAUCUGCCUCGACAAUGAGCUCAGUACAGUUUUCCUGCCAUGUAAGCAUCUUGCAACGUGUAGUGAAUGCGCUGCCAGGGUAACAGAGUGUCCCAUGUGCAGGCAACCAAUUGUUGAUUCUCUUACAAUCUACAUGCCGUAGUAAAGGAAUUUUGGAGGGGAUAGUUUUUGUUUGCAUUUAAAAGAAAAAUAAAUUAUGAAUGUUUAUGUUAUGUUUCUUUUUUUCCUAAGACUUUUCUUAACAUUAUUGUAAAAAAAGUAAAUAAGAAGAGAUCAGCCAUCAGAAAAGCUGUGUAGGUCAUUCAUGUAAAAAUUCACUAAUAGAUAUUGUUUUUUAAGGUUGAUGCUUGUAUUCAUAUGAAAAAGAAUAGAUAUAAUGCUGCUCCUACAAUGAGUUACACUUUGUAUUACCAUGGACAUCUUUCCACGUUAGUUAUUCAAAAGAAAGGAAAAUUUUGUUGAGAUGUUAUUUGCCCAAACGACAUAUUGUGUCAUAACAUAUCGUGUGGG